CGCUUUAUCCUGACUUCUCUCCACAAACUGAGUUCUGACAGUUUGUGAGGAACACUGCAGUGGCAAUGACUUCUACUUUCCAAUGGACUCUCUGCUUCGGCAUCCUGGCUCUCUGCUUUGCUGCGCCGGCAAAGAAAGUCACCUGGUGUGCCAUCUCCGAAGCUGAACUAAAGAAAUGCAAAGAUCUGGCAAAGAAUUGUGGAACCCAACAGGUUUCACUCGCCUGCAUCAAUAAAGGCAGCACUGAAGAAUGUUUAAAAGCCAUUGCGAAAGGAGAUGCGGAUGCUAUUACUCUGGAUAGUGGACAUAUAUACAAAGGUGCCAUGAAUCCUUAUAGAUUAAAGCCAAUCUUGGCAGAAAACUACGGCACUGAGCAAGAAGCAGAUACGUGCUACUUUGGAGUGGCUCUCGUGAAAAAAUCAAGUACAUUUAUGUUUAACGAUCUCAAGGGCAAGAGAUCCUGCCACACUGGGGUAGGAAAAGCAGGAGGCUGGGUUACUCCAGUUGGAAACUUACAUGCAGCAGGGAUGUUAGAUUGGAAAGGACCUGAGGAAAAGUCUGCUGAGAAAGCUCUUUCAGGGUUCUUCUCAGGCGGCUGUGCUCCCGGCGCCAGUGAGAUCAUCUUGUGCAAAAACUGUGCAGGACAGGGAGACAAUAAGUGCAAAGCAAAUGACAAGGAGCCGUAUUAUGGCUACAGUGGAGCUCGAAAAUGUUUGAAAGAUGAUAAGGGAGAUGUAGCCUUCCUGAAGCACAUCAUACCAGCUGAAUUUUAUAAGGAUUAUGAGCUGCUGUGCUUAGACGGUAAAAGGCGUCCAAUCGAAGACUAUAAGAAUUGUUACUGGGAUAAAAUACCAGCUCACGCCGUGGUGUCCAGAGGCUCCAAAGCAGAUGAGAAGACUAUUGAAGCUAUUACUGAAUUUCUCCUAGAAGCCCAGAAAAAAACAGAGUGUAAACUGUUUAGUUCCUCAUAUGGAAAAGAUUUGCUCUUCAAAGACUCUGCAACAUGUUUCCGUGUCCUGCCAAGUAAAAUGGAUGCCUUCUUGUACUUGGGAUUCAAGCUUACAAAAACACUUGAUGCACUGACUAAAGCGAUUGAACCUCAGUCGGAUAAAGAGAUACGCUGGUGCACACAAAGCAACGAGGAGAAAAGGAAGUGCGAUGACUGGAGUAUCUUUAGUAAUGGAGCCAUUGAAUGCGUUGAAGCAUCGCUUGCGGAAGAAUGUAUCACAAAGAUUAUGAAAGGUGAAGCUGAUGCAGUCGCACUGGAUGGAGGAUACCUGUAUACAGCAGGAGAGUGCGGACUGGUCCCAGCAAUGGGGGAGAUUUAUGAUGCUGAAGAGUGCAAAAAAGAUAGAUCAGAAACACCAGGCUCAUAUUAUGCUGUUGCUGUGGUGAAGGAAAGCUACAAAAACAUAUCAUGGAACAACCUUAAAGACAAGAAGACAUGUCAUACGGCCAUUGGGCGCACCGCUGGAUGGAUUAUUCCUGUUGGUUUAAUUAAUAAAAAAACUGGCAAUUGUGAUAUGGCAACAUUCUUCAAAGAGAGCUGUGCCCCGGGAUCUGACGUUAAUUCUAACCUCUGCAAACUGUGUGUCGGUGACCCAAAGGAUAAACUGGGCAACACGAAAUGCUCUGCAAAUAGUAAAGAGUUAUAUUAUGGUUACGCAGGAGCUUUAAGGUGUCUAUUAGAAAAAGGAGACGUCGCUUUUGUAAAGGAAAAAACAGUUUUUGACAGCUUCACAGGUUCAAACAUUCCUGAUUGGGCAAAAGAUGUGGCUUUAAACCAGCUACAGUUAUUGUGUCUAGAUGGCACUCGCAAACCUGUCACGGAGUACAAAACCUGUCACCUUGCUAAGGUCCCCGCUCACGCUGUGGUCACUACUAAAGAAAAGAAGGCGGCAGUGGUAAAAAUUCUUAAAGACCAGGAGGCAAAUUUUGGCAGGAAUAAGCCAAGAAGUUCCCAGUGGCAAAUGUUCUCUUCAGAAGGACAUACAGACCAGCUCUUCAAGGAUUCCACACAGUGCUUGCGUGAAAUUAAAGGGGAUAGCAUGAAAGACUACUUAGGAACAGAAUACAUCGAUGCUAUGAGUGGUCUUAAUCUGUGUUCAAAUACAAGAUCAGAUCUGCUCGCGGCCUGCACCUUCCAUACCUGCAAGCUCUAACAAUGGAGUCACCUUCAUGCACUGGCUGCUGUAUUUUGCCAUUUAUCUGCUUGUUUCUUCCCAAAAAACAGCUUUGUUCUACGUCCAGUUACAUCUUAUCUUUCAUCUUUCAAUAAAUCAGUUCAUUAUUGCUAUUA